GUGCGCGCGCAGUGAGCGAGGCCGGCACCCAGUGCAGUGUUUGCUAAAGAAAUAAAAGUGAAGGACUGUAGCUGUUUAUAAAUCUCCUCUAGACAUGUCAGGCCCUACCGGUAAUGUAAUAACUAGGUCUACUAGUCAAUCUUCAAACAAAACAAGAAAAGGACAUCAAAAGUAAACAACAUCAGAAUAGAUGUGUUCAUGAACACACCCCUCCACCCGUGAUGUGUUCAUGAACUCUUUUACGUAAACAAAUCCAGGGAGAGGCCAAAACAAAAGGAUUCUUGUUAAGAGAUAUUUCUUCUUCUUUAACCAUCGCUCGAGAUUUAAAAUUCAAAUAUUCAUCGAUUUGAACAAAGACAAUAACACUGAAUGUGUUGACGCCAGAUGAAGCGAUGUUCUCAACUAUUUCCUUGUUUGUUACCUUCUUUGGAUCCUGUUUAACAAUGCCGGAGUUGACUUCAGCGCCAAAAGUUGACGGAAUUUUCAUUCUGGGUCGUAAUGAAACCUCUAAGAAAAUGGUGAUUGUCAAAAAUGACCAUACUAUGCUGUACUGCAACAUCAGUGGCUACCCAGAGCCUACAGUUACGUGGUUCAAAAAUGGAAAGGUAUUGACGUCACAGAAGGAUGCUGUAAAGCCGUCACAAAAGGCCAAACUCUCUCGACAGUGGUGGAUCUAUCGAGCCAGUUCGACGGACGACGGCAACUACACGUGCGCCGCCACUAACGCAUUUGGCAGUGAUUCCCGCUGGUCACUCAUAGAAGUUGGGCAAAAACCCACAGUGAUGAUCCUGACACCACAGCGGACCUAUCUAGAGGGGGACAACGCCACUGUAGUGUGUAACGCCAGCGGACACCCACCUCUAACUGUUGAGUGGUUCUCAAGCAAACUAGGACAAGUCAAAAUUGUCGACUUGAUUAGUCAAGACAAGGGCCGGAUCUACUCGGUGGUCACGUGCUCCAGCCAGGCCAGUUGUCAGAGCGAGCUCCACGUCACCAACAUCGUCUACACAGAUCUCGACACUUUCGUCUGCCAAGCCAGAAGUCACUUCGCGACUGCCAGAGGGGAGUUCAAAGUUCAAAUCAAAUUUCCACCGAAACGAUUAUCUGAAGAUUCUGUAGCUGUCGUCUACUGGUGGGAUGGGAACCUGCCGGCCUUGAGAUGCACCGUCCAGUCACACGAGCGGGCACAGCUAACAUGGCACACACCCAUCUCACACAGAGAUGGUAUCAAAAUGGUGUGUCAGGAGAAAACUGGCUUUCAAGAAACGAUUCUGACAUCACAUUGUUUGGUCACGCUGGAUGACAGAGAAGAUUUAGGCAUCAACAUCUCUCAGAUCAGUGGCGACUACCUGUGUUAUGCUGAGAACAGUUUGGGGAAAAUAUUAGUCCAGCAAUAUCAUGUACAGCAGGCAUAUCUGCCGUUGGCUGUGGAGUUUGAAGUGAUAGGUUUUGGAGAUGAUGAUGUGACCCUGUCCUACCAUGUCCUACAACAGGACAAUAACCCUCCUGCUAGCUUGUUGCAUAUUAAAUCUAAGGACAUUCAAUAUAAGAAGGAAUAUAAUCUGAUGCAAGAUGUCAGUACACACAAGCACGGUAUGGUGACGUUGCCUGGGGUUAAAAAAGGCCUGGAAUAUAAUGUGUCCAUGUCUGCUCUAAACCUUGCAGGGUCGGGACCUUGGACACACAAGCUCAUAUUUUAUGGCAUGUCGGUAGCCUCGACGUCAUCAUCUUCUGUUCAAACGUCAGCUACAACCCCGACCUCAAGGCCAGCCCGUGAGAGGCUAAAUGUGUUUACAUCUGCAAGCGCUUUCAAUCUUUCUGUCACGAACAUGGGGGUCACAGAGUCUGGUAAGGAAAACAGAAAGGUCACCAUAGGGGUCAACACAAAGGUCAACACUGCGGUCACAUGGCCACAGUCUGCUUUUAACUUGAUGAAUAUGUUACCAUUCUUGUUGUUAAUUACCCUAUGAUGAUGAUGUUGAUCAUUAUUUGAUGAUAAUGUUGAUCAUUAUUCGAAGAUCAUGUUGAUCAUUAUUCUACUGACGCUGUAAUAAGAUACGUUUUCCAAAAUUGGAGUUUUCUGUAACUACUGUAGUCGUCAUAGCUUGUUUUAGAUUAACAUUAGAAACUGCAGUAUUUACAGUAAUUCUACGUCCGUUUCAGCAAAGGGAUAUAACUCAGGAUGCAGAAAACUUAACUUUAAAUUGAUUUUAACACAUUUUCUCCCUUAACAUCAGUGCAGCAUUCCAAUAGAGUUCAAUAAAUUAGUUCUUUUUACGUUGUGAAAAUGUUGCGUAUAUCAUGUUAACUGUGGAUGUAAUGUCUGUGUGCUAGUUGUGUAUAUGCUGUAUGUUUGCUAGUUGUGUCUGUGAUGUAUGUAUGCUAGUUAUGUACAUACAAUUGUGUUAUUGACUUCCAAAUACCUGCUCCAGUAGCCUGGUUGGGGUUUCCAUGUACUCUCACAUUGUCUAUAUGUCAUGUACUCUCACAUUGUCUAUAUGUCAUGUACUCUCACAUUGUCUAUGUGUCAUGUACUCUCACAUUGUCUAUGUGUCAUGUACUCUCACAUUGUCUAUAUGUCAUGUACUCUCACAUUGUCUAUGUGUCAUGUACUCUCACAUUGUCUAUGUGUCAUGUACUCUCACAUUGUCUAUAUAUCAUGUACUCUCACAUUGUCUAUUUGUCAUGUACUCUCACAUUGUCUAUGUGUCAUGUACUCUCACAUUGUCUAUGUGUCAUGUACUCUCACAUUGUCUAUGUGUCAUGUACUCUCACAUUGUCUAUGUGUCAUGUACUCUCACAUUGUCUAUAUGUCAUGUACUCUCACAUUGUCUAUGUGUCAUGUACUCUCACAUUGUCUAUUUGUCAUGUACUCUCACAUUGUCUAUUUGUCAUGUACUCUCACAUUGUCUAUGUGUCAUGUACUCUCACAUUGUCUAUUUGUCAUGUACUCUCACAUUGUCUAUGUGUCAUGU